UCUAAAGGAGAAAGAGGGUGGCAGCAAUGUGACUCCCUCCCCUUCCCCAUCUUUACUCAGCUCUCCUCCUUUCUCUUCCUUUCGACAUCUGUGUCCUUCUGUUUGUGCCGUCCGCCAUACCGUUUGUACAUGAGUGAUCCAAGGGAGGAUGCUGAAGUUCCGAGUGGACAAGAGAGUCAGUCAACAUGACGGCAGUAGAACAGCUGGAUCAGCAAUGAACGCGCUCCAGCUGCAAGAACCUGCAGCGAUACACACCAAUCUGCAGAGCUGUGAUUUGACCAUGAAAGGAAAAGUCAACACUGGUGCUGAGAAGGUCAAUCACACCAAAAGUACAAACAUGGUGUCUCAAGAAGUACCACCUUGUGCACGGACAUCUCGAACUCCAAGAAAGGCAGCUACGUUUGGGAAGCGCUCCAACUCCAUGCGCAGGAAUCCUAAAGCAGAAGUCCACAAAGCAGGAUGGCUGUACAAGCAGGCCAGUAGCGGAGUCAAGCAAUGGAACAAGAGGUGGUUUGUCCUCUCUGACAGAUGUCUCUUCUACUAUAAAGAUGAGAAGGAGGACGCCGUUCUAGGGAGUUUGCCUCUGCUCAGUUUCCGGAUUGGAGGAGUGCAGCCUUCGGAUAACAUCACCCGCAAGUUUGCCUUUAAGGUGUGGUUGGAAGAAGGAGAAGAAGAAGAAGAAGAGGAAGAAGAAAAUGGGGAGUUGAAAGCUCCUGUUGUGUUUUGCGUACAGGCGGAACAUGCUGGAACCAGGACAUAUUACUUCAGUACAGACAGCUAUGAAGAACAGAAGGAGUGGAUCACAGCCAUGAGCGAGGCCGCAGAGGUCAACGUUAAUCCAUCGCAGAGAUCAAGCACAGCUGUCACCCCAGAGCGGACCAUGGUUACUCGAGACAGCGACCCGCAAAUAGAAGUGAAACAACAGAUAACGGCAACCCAAAAUGACCAUGGGCUAGACAACUUGGAAACGCCGCCACUGUCAACGUCUUGUUCUGGUCAAAGCACAGUGAAGAACAGUGCCAGACAAGAGGACUGCGGAGGAAAAACUGAAGAUGAAGGCGGAGGGCCUGCCUGUGGCCAUGCUCAAACCAACCCCAAUCCAAACGGUUGGAGUCAUCAUUUCCCCACAGCCCAAAACCAUAAGAGUCAACCCCCUCAAGCGCAAAAUCACAGCACGGCUACGCCUCAAAGACAAGCGGGAGGGGGUGUCCAGCCACCCAAUGACACCAGGGAACAGCAUCCCAACGUGGUGUUGAGAAGAGGUUUUGUUCCUCGAACUGGCCCCGAGAGAGUGGCCCAAAGGAAAAGCUCAAUGGCGCAACUGCAGCAUUGGGUCAACCAGCGGCGGGUCAUGGUGUCCCAGGAGGACAUCAACAGUCCAUCGCAUUAUUACCCGGCAAACCAAGGGUUCAACUACUAUGGCUACCCGAGUGGCGGCCCCCAGUAUUUGGAGGAGUACCCACUGUAUCCACCAGGAGUCCGUCCUGACAGCAUUUGCUCGGCUGUGGGGGCAUACGACCACCGCUGGGCUGUCGAGGAUAAGCGUCGCUCACUGAGGGACGGGCCUCACCAAGUGUAUCCCAGGGACUCUUGGGGACCGCAGUCCUACGGCGGAGUGGACGUGAAGUCUUUGAGACGCCUUUCCAUCCAGCCUCGUUCCAGGUCUGUGCCCAGGUCGCCGUCCUUGUCCUCCGGGGGGGCCUACUCGCCAGUAGCGCACAACUUUGCCUCACCGGCUCGAUCACCAUCGGCACGCUUGGACCGCUUUUCGGGGCGAAUGAGGGAUGACGGGAUCUAUGCCGAUCCGUCCGUCUAUAACCUGAGGAGAUCGCUCAGCUCGCCAAAGUAUGACUACUCUGGUGAUAGGAGGUCCAUAAAUCAAGGACUAUACCACCACCACCACCACCACCACCACCACAACUACCCUGUUUCCCCUUCCAUCCACAAUAAAAUGGACGACAUAUUAGAUCUCCAGCUCCAACGCAACUUGGAUUAUUUAGACCAGCAGGUGCUGGAGGGAAGCCGCUUAAUUGGUAUGGUUACCCGAAGGGUGGAGAGAUCCUCCUCUGCAGCAAAGCUCUGCAUUCAAGUGCCUCCUUUCCAUGAUGUCUACAGAGAGUUGCACCCAACACUCAAGCUCAAUGAAAUUGAAACGAGUAAACUCUUGGGCCGGCUCUGUGAACAGAAUCACAUUGUGAAAGAUCAUGAAGCAGUUGUUCACAGAUUACGAAUGGACAAGGACAGCCUCGAGGAGGCGUUGGUGGCGACUCAUCAGGAGAUGGAGAAGUACCAGAACCAACCUGUGGCCAUGGAAAAGCUUCAUAUCAAAAAGGAAACGCUACAAAAGCAGCUAAUCAACAUCAGAGGGGAGCUUUCCCAGGCCUCCAAUGCUUUAACUACCACUCGUAUGGAAUUUGAAGCAUUAGAGGAUGAGGCUCAUGCCAUUCAUGGAGAUCUAUGGGAACAACUAAACGCAGGCAUCCAGAGCGAAUUGGUUCGAAGGCACAUCCAGAAAGAGUUUUGGAGAGUCCAGGAUGUAUUAGAGGGUCUACACAAGAAUCACUCAUCCAGAGGCACGGACACAGCAAAGCACAAAGUGGCCAGUGGUGCUUCGGGCUCCUUUAGCACCAAUAGUCCAGCCAGUCCCCUCAGCUCAGUAAGCCUCACCAGCCCUCUAGGCCCUUACUCCCCAGUGCCCGGCUCCCAGGUCUCCCCCUCUAAACAGCUGGGCCCGGAGGAAAGUGCACCCCCAAGGCCCCCACUCCCCAAGUCCUAUUUCCCUUUGGAAUCCUCCACUACCUUUCCCCCCUCCAUUCCCCCCUUGCCCUUUGACAGCACCAUCUGGCUACGCGGCUUGGGCAUCGAUGAUUACUUUGGUGAUGUGGAAGAUUCUCACGUCAGAAAGAUUACUUUUGGAGGUCAGAAUAAUAUGAGUGAGCCACAAGACCAAGGGCUGGAAAGGCGAUCCGCCAUCAACAAAGGGGUCCUUUCAAGAACCAAGUCACCUGCUGAUGCUUCACCUAGCUGGUCUGCUGGACUUUCCCGUCAGAAUGGGAGAAUGGCUAAUGGGAUUUCCAGGGAACGUCCGAAGAGCGCUGUGUUUCCAGCUGAGCUUCGGUCAAAGAUGAGUGUGGAGGAACAAAAUGAAAGGAUCCGGCGCAACCAGAGCAGCUCUGUACGAGACAAAAGGAGGAGUCUCAAUCUCUCAGGCGUGCAGUCUCCCGCCGGCUACAAAGUGAUUCGACGGCGGCUAACAGCUCACGAGAUCGACAUCAAUGACUUAGAGGCAGCAGUCAGAGGUCCGGGACUGGAGUCACCUCGCGAGGAAAUUGCCCGCUUGAGACGCUCGCAGGUCGAACCCGAACAUUAUGAUCUGGACAUUAACAGAGAGCUAAUGGCUCCGGAGAAGGUUAUUAUCCCAGAGCGCUACCUGGAAAUGGAAGACAACACCCCUUUGAGUCCGGAAGAGCAGAAGGAAAAGCAGAAGAAACUUGAGCGGAUCAAAACUCUGAUUGCCAAAUCCAAUCUGCAAAAUGUUGUUCCUGCCUUGGACGGGCCUGUGGAGGGUGGAGCCCCAGUCAAUUCCAGCAGCAAUUGCAGGAGCAGAAAGCGCAUUGAGAUCUCCUGCGCUCUGGCUGCCGAAGCCUCUCGUCGCAGCCGCCUUCUCUCGGCCCAGUGCGCCCCAGAUCCCCCCACUUCCCCAAGCAGCCUGCACUCUCCCCCUUCCUCUGCUGACUUUCCCACCUCCUCAUUAUGAAUGCCUGAACGGGACCAGCUCAAGCCCUGUCUGCUGUCAAGUUUGAUGGAGCAUCUUUUUGAGGACUUACUGUGUGAAAUUUACAAAGAAGAUUACCUCAAACAAACAAACAAACAAACAAACAAAGUGACUUGAACUUUUGAAGCGCCCCAUCCAACAAAAGCAUGGCAAGCUGUCAAUGUGGCUAUGAGGAAAUGGAGCAUUUGUCUCCUUCCAAGGAAUCAAUCUCUCUCUACAGUACAGGCUUAGUAAAUAUCAAGAGCCCAGCUUUGAAGUUCUCAAGUCCUCCAAAGCAAAGCAGUUGCCAGUAUAUAGCCGAUGUUCCCUGGGCCAGUACAAGAGCUCUAUACGUAGUGUAAUAUAUCCAAAUUAUGUCAAGAUAUUGUAGCUCAGGACAAUUUAGAGAGGACUGACGGACUGUGAAUGAAAGACAGGUAGCAUAAGAAGGUUGCAUUCUUGAACAAUCUGCAGUAAUAAGAAAUGGUUUCAGAUUUUAAAAGGCUCAAUGACACUUCCAACCCUCAAUGAGCGUGUCUUCAUUUGAGUUUGGGCAUUGAACCACAAUAACGUUGACAAUUGGCACACGCACACCCGGCCGGUCAUUGUGGAAAAACAAAGUUCUCUCUUGGAUGGUCGAAUGGGGCUGCAAGAAUCACACUAUGAUCUUUUUUUGUCGGCUUGGGAAACUUGUCGCAUUUCUGUUUGGGGGGCCAGAAAUAACUCCAAAAUUGACUUGGGUUAUGUGCCAGAGAUAUUUUGCAAGAGCCACAAAUGAGUCCAAAAGCAAGCAUUUGUACAGGCAGGCUACGAUGCGCACGCAGCUCAUCCACAGAUUUAUUCAAACACAUUGUACAUACAUACUAUAUCCGUAAUACUGCUCAAGAAAUGAAACCAGUACACUUGUAUGUUUAGAAUGAUGGAUAUUUGUUGUUGAAAAGAAGUAAGCUACACACGUUCCGUGGAAAUAGAAGUGACCUUAGAAGUGGAACUCAAAACAUUGUCUGUGCAAGUUGGCGGGGGGGGGAAUACAGUAUCGGAGAAAUACUGCCUCAUAAGAAAACGGUUACAUUUCAUGCAAACAUGCAUUGCAGUAUGUGUUUGAUACCUUUUCAUUUCGAUAGUGACAUUCCAAAUCAUUUUCAUACAAUGAGUCAGUCAAGUUUUCAAAGACAAAUGUAGUGCCAAUACAAGUCCACAAUGGCCAGCAUAAUUAUAGAUUUGAAUUGAAUCAAAAGACAUUUUGGAAAAUACUUAAUAAAAGAAUGUAUAAUUGUACAUUUUGGGACUUUAUUUCGAUUUACUAUGGCACUUAUUUCUUGUCAUCGUAUAGCUUUAAGAGCUCAACUAUGUGAACAUUGGUCCAGAAUGUAAUUGCUCCGACUACCUUUUAUAAAGCAGGAUAAAUCAGUGGUAACUCAAUUCAAACAUCUCGUCUUGUGUAUCACCCACCAUUUGCAUUUUCCUUUCUUCAACUCAAUGUCCAAGUGGCCUGUCUUUGGGAUUUCAAGGAAAUGGGGGGAAAUUCAUUUUAUGCUGAAAGCACUUAUGCUCCUCACUAAGCAAAAACAAAACAAAGAUUUAUUAGAUGGAUCUCUAUUUUUUCUUUUUUUAAGAAAGGCAAUAUGCUCAAAAGUGGCAGGACUUCUAUUUUUAGAUGCAUGGAAAGACAAGAUGUCAUUUUUACACUUUUCAUCAACAAAAGAUUUGCUUUAAGUUUGUUGCGCUUUUGGAUCGAUUGAACAUAGAUUGAUAUUUUUCAAUCGAUGGAAACAUGUCAACAUGGUUCCCGCCAGCCAGCCAGCCAGCCAGCCAGCCAGCCAGCCAGCCAGCAAGUGGUUUUCAAUGUUUCUGUUGGUGUUUUGGUCCAGUUGUUAAAGAAUAUUGGGUGGUUCUUAUGGUAUAUUUUCCAAAUCCCCCAGGUUGUCUGUCCUUCUCUUCUGUCUAGCAACUAUUACUAUGGUGGAAGAAAAAUGUACAAACUAUGCAAAUGAUUCAAAAGAAAGUCCAAAAGACAAAUGUGCUUGCUUUCACAAAACUUUGCAAUAAAGUGAAUGUAUCCAAAUGUCUUUUUUCCAGCCAGAUGCUUUAGAGUUCAUCACAGUAUUUUGUAUGAUAAAGUAUGUCUUGUUUGGAAUGAAAAUACAGUACACAUGUAUAUAUAUAUACGUAUAUAUAUGUAUGCUCUUUAACUCCACUUGCUAAUGAGGUAUUUCACUGCCAAAAACACUGCGAGAGACUACUGAGGUGAAACCUGCUUAACAUCGAUCGACAAGCGCAUUCAUUUGAUGAUGAUGAUGAUGAUGAUGAUGCUGCUCUUCAGUCUUGCUGUACGUCGAAAUAAAAGGCUAACUCAAA